AUUGGUGGGUAAUUGAAAAUCGUAUCACCACUCACUGAAGAUGGGUUCUGAUUUUGGCUGAGAAAGCCUCCGCCACCCACUAAAUCCCAUUUCUUUUAUUUAUUUACUUAAGUAUUAAUACAAUAAAGAACAUAUUUUUUUCUCUCUCCAUAUAUAUAUAUAUAUAUAUAUAUAUUUCUCAUAAAGAUAUGCUUAAUUGGGUUCCCACUUAACAAUUUUCAAGGAAAAAUAAUCCGUCAGUUGUUCAGAAAUUCACAAAGAUGAGAGGAGGGAAUCUGUGGCAGCUCGGCCAGUCAAUCACUCGCCGUUUGGCUCAAGCCGAAAAGAAAAACGUCACCCGUCGAUGCUUUGCGUCAGAAGCCGAUCUAAAAAAGACAGCUCUGUACGACUUCCACGUCGCCCAUGGUGGGAAAAUGGUUCCCUUUGCAGGGUGGAGUAUGCCGAUUCAGUACAAGGACUCCAUCAUGGACUCCACGUUGAACUGCAGGGAAAACGGCAGCCUGUUUGAUGUCGCCCACAUGUGUGGUCUCAGCCUCAAAGGGAAGGACUGUAUCCCUUUUCUCGAGAAGCUCGUUAUCGCUGAUGUGGCGGGUCUUGCACCUGGAACCGGCUGCUUGACCGUAUUCACAAACGAGAAGGGUGGUGCCAUUGAUGAUUCAGUUAUCACAAAAGUGACCAAUGAACAUAUAUACGUGGUUGUAAAUGCGGGGUGUAGGGAUAAAGAUCUCGCCCAUAUUGAAGAGCACAUGAAGGCGUUCACGUCGAAAGGCGGUGAUGUUUCUUGGCACAUUCACGAUGAGAGGUCGCUUUUGGCUCUCCAGGGCCCACUUGCUGCCCCGGUUUUGCAGCACCUGACGAAAGAGGAUUUGAGCAAAAUGUACUUUAGCGACUUCCAUGUGUUGGAUAUCAACGGAGCAACUUGCUACCUCACUAGAACAGGGUACACAGGUGAAGAUGGUUUCGAAAUUUCGGUUCCAUCAGAGAACGCAGUUGAUCUGGCAAAAGCAAUUCUCGAAAAAUCCGAAGGUAAAAUUAGGUUAACAGGGCUUGGAGCUAGAGACAGUCUUCGUUUGGAAGCUGGUCUGUGCUUGUACGGUAACGACAUGGAGCAGCACAUUACACCGAUCGAAGCCGGUCUCACUUGGGCAGUUGGAAAGAGAAGAAGGGCUGAAGGAGGGUUCUUGGGUGCUGAUGUCAUACUCAAGCAGAUUGAAUCUGGACCGUCGAUCAGGAGAGUCGGGAUCUUCUCUUCGGGCCCGCCUGCUAGGGGUCACAGCGAGAUUCAAAAUGACAAGGGAGAGAACAUAGGUGAGGUCACGAGCGGGGGUUUCAGCCCCUGUCUGAAGAAGAAUAUUGCCAUGGGGUAUGUCAAGUCUGGAAACCACAAGGCGGGCACGAAGCUGAAGAUUGUGAUCCGAGGGAAGGCGUAUGAUGGCGCUGUGACGAAAAUGCCCUUCGUUGCCACCAAGUAUUACAAGCCGUAACUUUUUCGGUUUUUUGACUGUUUUCCGCUGUUCUUGAAGUUUCCGGAAUGAUUGUUACAUCUGAAAUUUGUUUUGUUUUUCUUCGGGUUUUUAUGAACAAUGAAAAUGCUACAAUCAAUUGAUCUUCUUUUUCUUUCUAUUUG